GAAGGACCAUGCCGUGGCCUCGCCCGCAGCGCAUGCAGGCACUGUUUCGCUGUGGCGUGGGGAGAGUCCGGGAGGAAGCCAAGCAUGUGCUUUAUACUUAUAGUAUUCCGCUCCGACUGCAUGUAAGGAGUAUCAUAAAUAAGUGGACAACAUUUUCUGGAAACCCCGUCCCCGGUGGUAUUUCUGGGAAAAUCUGCUCAGUGGGAAGGAAAACGGCACAAUCGUCGGUUGUGCGAUGGACCAUCAGAUGGCGGCUGGAACCCACACGAUCGCUGGCGUGUGUCGCUGAGCUGGUUGUCGGUGGCUCCGACACUCUGCGGUCAGCCUGGGCCAUGGAGCCCCGCGGGGACGAGCGUAGCGCGCGUAUAGAACGCGCUGCGGAGGGAAGCGGCGAGAAACGGAAGAGCGACGAGACGGACGAGCACGAGCGGGGUGACCGGCGGGGCAAGAAGCGCAGAGCUCAGCGCCCGGGGGAGCGAUACGUCCCGCCGCCCAAGAAGCUGAAGCACGGCGUCAGUUUCGGCGAGGAGCAUUUUCGGGAAACAAGCUACUACUUCGAGGGGGGCCUCCGCCGAGUUCGGCCUUACUACUUCGACUUCACCACGUACUGCAAGGGCCGCUGGGUGGGCAGGACUCUUCUUGAAGUUUUCUCCAGCGAGUUCCGCGCCGAGUCGCUGCAGUAUUACAGGCAGGCGGCGCGCGCGGGCCGCAUCCGGCUGAACGAGUCGCCCGUGGAGGAUUUGGGCGUGACGCUGAAGAACAAUGACUUCCUGCGGAACACCGUUCAUCGCCAUGAGCCACCUGUGAGUGCCUGUCCCCUGGAGAUCCUAGAGGACAAUGAGGAGGUGUUGGUGGUGAACAAACCACCCUCGCUGCCAGUGCAUCCCUGCGGCCGCUUCCGUCACAACACUGUUCUCUUCAUCCUGGGGAAAGAGCGCAGUGUGAGCGGACUGCACACGGUCCACAGGCUGGAUCGCUUGACCUCAGGUGUCCUGCUUUUUGCCCGCACUCUUGAGGUGUCCAAGAAGCUGGAUCAGCUAGUGCGAGACAGACAGAUGGAGAAGGAGUACGUGUGCCGAGUGGCUGGGGAGUUCCCAGAGGGGGAACUAGUGUGUGAGGAGCCUAUCCUGGUGGUCUCCUUCAAAGUGGGUGUGUGCCGGGUGGACCCCAAGGGUAAGCCCUCCCGCACGGUGUUCCAAAGGCUCAGCUGGAAUGGCCGCUCCAGUGUGGUUCGCUGUCUACCCCUCACUGGCCGCACUCACCAGAUCCGUGUCCAUCUCCAGUAUCUGGGCCACCCUAUCCUCAAUGACCCCAUUUAUGGCUCAGCUGUUUGGGGCCCCCAUCGAGGCAAGGGGGGCCAGGUGGGCAUGAAUGAUGAGGAACUGCUCAAGGCACUUGUGGAGGAACAUCGGUCCAAGCAGACCCUGCACCUUCUGGACAUCUCUGAUGAGUCUCUCCCCAACAGGAAGCACACAGACCAUGAGAUGGCUGGUAGCUGUUCUACAGCUGCUUCAGUUUUAGCUGACUGUGAAAGUGCUUACUCUGCACAAAGUGAUGUUUUUGAAGAGCAGGAAACGGAGUUGCAGCCUUCUGAUUCAAAAUCCUGCAAGCAGAACAAUGAGGAUAAUGAUGUGGGAGAUGCCUCCAACAAGACGGAUAGCGACUGUGCCAGUCAAUGUGUGCACGUCUCCAGUGGCAGUUGCACAACAGCUGAGUCCAUGCAUACAGUUCCCACAUCAUCAUCUUCAAAGAACAUUGCUGAGAAAGGAGUGACGCACUUAGUCCAAGAUGGCAUGAGUUGUGGGUCUGCGGCACCCAACAGGUCUCCCAAUGACAUUGGUCCUUUGGUUAAUGAAAAAGACCCUUUAUGUAGCGAGUGUAAGACUGUGCGGCCAGACCCCACAGAAAAGGAUCUCAUCAUGUAUCUCCAUGCUUUGCGGUAUAAAGGGCCCGGCUUUGAAUACUCCACACCUCUGCCAGACUGGGCCAGAGAGGACUGGGAGGAGGGUUAAACAGGGUUGCAUUGCUUGUCGUCUUGUUCCUGUGACUGGAACCCUAUCAUUUUACAGUUUGCCAGGAUUACGGUCACCAAAAUAUGUUGUUGAUUUUUAUUUCCUGAUUUUAAACCAUCAUGUGGGUUAUAAAAAGCAAGGCAGGGCAGUUUUUUUUUAUUUUUUAAAUAAACUAAUUGGGGGUCAUUUGUUGACCUUUGCUGCUACCUACCGUGAUGCAAUUUUUUGUUAUGGAAUUCAACAUCCAUAAUGAGUUUGUUCUGAGUUUCAUUUCAGGAAUCCUAUCUAACAAAAAAUAUUGAGCAAAAUAAACUGAUUUCAGCAAAUGAAACAUUGUUUGAAUGAUCACUUUACAUGGUUAUAAUAAACCAAUUUCUAUCGUGCAAGCCCAUAUGCAAUAAAUUACUCUGUAUUCAGUCUGCAGGGAAAGUUUUAUUUUGAGAGGUCAGUCAAAGCAUUGACAUAUCAAAAACAAUUAGCUGAAUCAGACAGUUUAAAAAUUUCCAUCAUAAACAGUAUACUUAAAAAGCUUUGUCAAGCUCAGUAAUUUUACCCCAUUAAAAUAUAUGUACGUGCUAAAAAAUAAAUACUGACUCAAGUAUUCUCAUCAUGGAAAAUACCCCAAGGUCAUCAGAGAACCAUAGUCCUCAGGACACUGAAAAUCAUGUCAUUACUGUGCAAUAUCUCUGGCAGGUUUCCUAAGGCAGUGACUUUAUUCAGUGCUAGAUUCCAAGAAUGUUCCAUUCUAAGGAGAAAUAAAAUCUCAUUUACAACAAAGGCAGAGUUGAGCAGGUGAUGUACAAUGGGGAGACUGGCAGAGCUGUGUGCACAACGAUAACAUCGACUUCAUGUAACACCCUGUCUGACAAAGUGAAACCAAAUUAGCAUUUUUUGAUGUUUAGGCAAUGAUAUCAGUUUGAAUAAAGUCACAUAAAGAAAUGAUGUGAUAUCAAUGUUUUGGUACUUGUUUCUGUGCAAUAAAAGAGAAGAGUCAAGGUUCAGAACCCACCACUCAGCAGAGCAGUCUGAUAUACCAUGUGGUCAUUCAGUCUGUCUGGGCUUAUACAGUUAAAUGCCAUAUUUCGGGGUUUUCAGAUAAAUCCUUUACAUCGCAUUGUGUAUUGAUCACAUACUCAUGUAUUUUAAUGUGUUUAAACAGAAUUCAGUAAAUAGGCAUUUUUUCAUGUGUACUUUGUGAGGUGCUGAUGGGAGAGUUUUCAUGCAUGGCACUGAGAAGUCAGCAAAUGGGAUUUAAUUUGUUGGAUUUCACAAAAGCAACAUGAAGGUGGCCAGUUUUGGAAUCCUGUUUAUACUGACAUUUUAAUUUUCCUGAUAUAACAAUGUUUUUACAUAUUUUUACAUGUAUGCAUACAUUUCAUACUAUAUAUUUUGGCCUCCUUUUCACAUACCAUUGAGUCUGUAUAUCAUACAGAAAACACUAGCACAUGGUACUAUGGAACAAGAAAAAUUGAUUCACACGCUUUACCCUUUAUCCAAAGUAAACUGGACCCUCUAGCAAGCUGAACACACACAAAUCAUAGUAGCUACAACACUUAGAACCUUAAAUUUGUAUCCACUGCAAAAAUAGUUGAAAUGUUGAUUUAAAAUGAUUUGGCACAUGCAUAUAAAUUGGCAUCUGUACACAGGUACACAAUACAUAUAAUUAGAGAACAUAGACAAAAUUUGUGAAACUUUCACAUAUUUAGUAGAUCCUUUUCUGUAUAAAUGGCUGGAAACAAAGCUACACUUGUAGCUCUGUGAAUAGUCAGAGUUUAUUUGUUACAGUAAACAACUUAUUUGAAAUGUUUUAAAUGUUACCAUAUUAUUUGUAUACUGUAUGCAUGUGAUAGCAAGUGGAACAUGACAGCAGAUUUAUGGUUUAGCAGCUGUGCAUGUUUCAGUGAACAAAUACUUCGGCAUCAUUGUGAACUAUUUCAGGAAGUAAAACUGAAUUAAACUUUUACUUCUGUUUUGUGUUUCGGUGGGCAGUAACAUUUUCUGUUUGUUGUAAAGACAGGCUUCUCAGAAUAAAUUUCCGCAGGUUCCUCACCGCCUCAUCAAUGAUUCCAGCAGCAGGACAAAUUCUCUCCAGUGUUUGAAAGUUUAAGAAAUAACAGAGUACAAAGAUGAGGGUUCCUCAGUCUUGCUGCUUUAGAAGUGGCUCAUUUUAACUGUUGAUUUGCUUAGUUUGCAUACAGGGUGAAACAACCACUGAUUUAUUCUAUGGUUUUGCGUGAAGACUUUUUCGGUGUCAUAUGCAACCCUUGGAAAAGAAAAUAAGUGUUUGCCAGUACUUUCUCAGGUUUGCACUUAUAUAUUGUGCUGAGAACAAAGUAUACAUAUUUUACAAAGAUUCUUCAUCAGUCCACAUUCUUUUUAGGGUGAAAUAUAGACAAUUUACGGCUCAAUACUGAUUUACUAGCUUAUGCCGGUAGUAAAGAUGGCCGGGUUAUUUCAUUAUAUUAUGAUAUUAAACAUUCUGCAUUUAACAAUAGGUUCUUAAUUUACUACUGAGGGCAUGUGAAUUGUAAAGAUGACAAACAUCUUACAUUAA